AUGGCUGUGUUACAUUUAAAAGGUAAGGAAGUUGAUGAAUCCAUUUUUGGUCUGAUCAGUAUCAGAUUCAAAAUCGACAAAGCUGAGAAACACUUUAUUGUCGACCUUUCAAUGUCAGUAUGUAUGGAAUCACAAGAAGAAUGUCAAUUUCAUCACAAUUUCUAUGACAAUAGACUAAUUCCAAUACCCAUAUGCAAUUCAGACAUGGAUUUCAGUUUAAAAGACUUUUCAAUGAAGAACUGGUUGAAAGAUGUGGGUCAUUUAUCUGACGAAUCUCUUCCCCUUUCUGUAGUUGCUCUACUACUCAGUCAACUGAAGUUGGACAGAUUUCUUCAGGAUCCGCCAUGCAAGUUCAGUGACUCACUGUAUACAAGCCAAAUUAGUGGCUGGAGUUCAGAUUGCAGUGCUUCUUUAACACUUCCAACAUUGCCAGAGAAUAUCGUUUGCCAUAUACCAGAUUAUUGCACUGGAAUAGAUUGUUGUGUAAACAUCGACAUGCUACGUACAACGAUUCACGUCAAGUUUCUACUUGAUACAUGUACAUACCGUUUAACGAUUGGAAUUGAACGCUUCGAACGCGUCAUAAUACUGCUGGAUUAUGACUGGGGCCAAACGAAACAUAUCUACCUCGGCGGUGCUUUAAGAAUAGAUUACAAUAUUGAUGACAUCAAAAGUGAAAAUAAAUUCAUUUUAAACGUACAAUUAAGCGUUUGUUUUGAACAAACUGAAUGUAUCUUUAAAACUAACAUACUGAAGGAUGUUUACAUACCUAAACCGUUGUGCAGCUGGAAUCCUGGAUCAUUGAUAGAAGGUUAUAACCUGACAGACUGGAUGAAUGACUUCAAUUUCGUAUUUGAUGGUGAUAGUUUGAAAGACUAUAUGAUAGAUGUACUUUUUCGUGAGCUUGGAAUAGCGGCAUAUUUGCAGGAUGUUCAAUGUAAUAGGGCAGACGCACCUUUCUCAGGAUCCCUCAAUGGAUUAAUAUCUGAUUGUGCUACGCAACUUGAUGUCGGUCUCAUUCCAGAUUUUAUGACUUGUUACAUAUCAGAUUCUUGUAAAAGUUUUAACUGUUGUGUAGAUGUUGAUUUUGCCAAGUGGUCGUUCAAUAUAUACGCGUACAUUGAUGAAUGUACACAUACAUUGUCUAUUGGAAUCGAAAAGUUUCACUUGACUGUGUCGUUGCUAGAGUACAUCUGGGGAACAGAAGAGGAAUUUUCAUUAUUUGGCGUGAUACGAAUCAGAGGAUCUAUAGUAAAUCUGGAAACAGAAAGGCAAUACAUUGUCAAUUUGAAAAUAAGCAUUUGUAUGAAAUCUGCAACGUGUGAUGAAGAGGUAGAUUUGUUAACAGAUGCCCGAUUACCGAAGAGCGGAUGUAGCGGGAAUGACAACUUCAGUGAUUUCAGUUUGCAGUCGUAUUUAGAAAGUCAGGGACAUACAUUACAAGACAUUAGUGAACAGCUUCCAAGGAAAUUGGCAGACAAACUUUUGGAAAAACUGGGUGUACUUGCCUUUCUUGGGGAAAAUGGUUGCAAAAAUAUGCCUCAAUAUGCAGACAAUGCUAUCAGCGAAUGUGAAAAAUUCCACUUUACAACAGCAAUACCUGAUCUAAUGACAUGCAAGAUCCAUUCAUAUUGCACUGCGAUUGAUUGCUGCAUUGAUAUUCCACUAAUUGGACGUUCUGUGAAUGUGACUGUGGAUUUAAAUGCAUGUGGAUACAGUUUGCUAAUUACAGUUGGAAAAUUUAAAUCAAAAACAUCUCUUCUGAAUUACAACUUCGGUGAAUGGAAUACGCUAAGUGUCGUUGAUGUUUUCCGAAUCGAGUACAAUAUCGAAGAUUUGAAAUCUAGCAAGGAGUUUAUUUUAUCAGUAAAAAUAUCAGUGUGUUUUGACUCUACAACAUGUGUCUUGGAAUCUACUGUACUAGAGCAAGCGGUUCUUCCUCAACAGAAAUGCGAAUUCGUUGGAAAUUUUCAAAUACCGGGUAAAUAA